CUAAACGGCAACUUCUCAACUGCGGAUUCAAAUUGAGCCUAACAAAUACAAUGUUUCACCAUGGUAGAAGUUGUUAAAGCGCCCCUCUUCUGCUCCCAGAGGCUGGUCCUCGCCUUCCUGGCUUUUAUAGGCAACGUCCUGAUCUACACAACCCGAGUCAACAUCUCUGUCGCCAUCAUCUGUAUGGUGAGGAACACGCCCCUCAACGUCACGUCCGCCAACCUGAGUCACGUCACUUCCGGCAACGUCACGGAUGACGUGUGUGGCGGGGAUAGUGACGUAGACGUGGACAAGAACACAAGCGAUAGAGCUGAGUUUGAUUGGAGCAAAAGCACUCGGUCUGAGCUUCUGUCUAUGUACUUCUAUGGCUACAUCUUCACUCAGAUACCAAGUGGGUGGCUGGCGUCCAGGUACGGCGGUAAAAGAGUCUGGGGUGUGGCCAUGUUUUUCUGUGCCCUGUGCACGCUCUUGACGCCCGUGAGUGCUAGAACGCACGUGUACCUCGUGUACGCUAUACGCUUUAUCCUGGGAUUUGCCGCGGGGGUUACCUUCCCAUGUGUGCAUGCGAUGCUGGGAAAAUGGACACCACCAUUUGAGAGAAGUAAAAUGACAUCCUACACAUUUGCAGGUCCUUUAGUGGGAAACAUCGCGACGUUUUCAAUAUCCGGGCUACUUUGCCAGUACGGGUUCGACAACGGCUGGGGCUCCAUCUUUUACUUGUCAGGUCUGUUCAACAUGCUGUGGGUUGUCCUCUGGUUUCUCUUCACGGCCGACACCCCAGCUAAACACAGGUUCAUCACGGAGAGGGAGAAGUUCUACAUCCAGGCUUCCAUAGGCAGAGGCGACGUCAAGAAGGUCAAUCGGACGCCUUGGGUGCCAAUGUUUACAUCCGGUCCCCUGUGGGCAAUCAUUACUGCUCACACGUGCAACAACUACGUCAACUACACACUAUUGACGUCACUUCCGCUUUACAUGAAAGAAAGCUUGAACUUUGAUAUUAAACAGAACGGGCUUCUGUCUGCCCUGCUCUAUGUGUGCCAGUUCGUCUCUUCUAUUGCCGGGGGUUACGCCGCUGACACAUUCAGAGAGAAGGGCUGGAUGUCUACAAGAACAGUCAGAAGGUCUUUCCAGUUCACAUGUAAGUGGGGAACCGCCAUUUGUAUCGCCAGUGUUGGUCAGAUGAGCUGUGAACACCGCCAUAUUGCCGUGGCUUUGUUGUGCUUGUGUACAUCCUUCAUGGGCCUCAACAGGUCCGGCUAUUGCGCCAAUCAUUUAGACCUGGCUCCAAGUUACGCUGGGAUUUUGUUUGGCAUAACAAACACGUUCUCCACAGUACCUGGCAUGGUUGCACCCAUCAUUGCUGCCGCUCUGACACCUAACAAAUCACCGGAGGAAUGGAAGAACGUUUUCUACGUCUGCGCAGCCACAGCUUCAGCAGGGGCGAUAAUCUACUUGAUUUUAGCAGACGGCGAGCUGCAGAAGUGGGCCGUCCCUCCGGAAAUUGAAAAAGCUGUAGAUCUAGACAUUGCUGUGGAACAUCCCAGUGGUAUCCAGCGGUCGGUUACACCUGAGGACUAUCAUGAUAAUAGGUCAUUUAUGUCAGAUGACCAACAUGUAAACAAGUCAUUUAUGCCAGAUGACCAGCAUGUAAACAAGUCAUUUAUGCCAGAUGACCAACAUGUAAACAAUUCAUUUAUGCCAGAUGACCAACAUUGA